AUGCAUUUGCAAAAUUCCUUAAAUAUUGCCAUCACAAUUGUUUUUCUCCUUUUCCUCUUCCUCUUCUCUUCCUUUUAUUUUCCUCGUCCAUCCUUUUUUUCCUUCACAAUUAUUGCCUCAUCGUUUCUUUCUCCAACUCCUUCAUAUACUCUUCUUUUUUUUUUCUUUUGCUUCUUCACCUCUUCUUUCUCUUCCAUUUCUCCCUCCCCACACCUCCACCCAUUUUUUUCUUCUCCUUUCCUUUUGUUCUUUCUAAAUUUUACUUCAUCUUUUCAAAAUCACCUUCUUAUCUCUUCGUAUCCGCACAAUGUCUCAUGCCGUUCCUUCCGAUACGAUUUCGUUACGUCUCCCCAACAACCAACAGAUAUUCACCCAUCCCCAAACGUCAAUUUCAACAUCCUUAGGCAAUCACGUCACGUUUCUUUCCUCCGAGUGACCCAACAUUUGUGCGUCUCUUGGAUAACCAAAAACUAA